CAUCAUCGCCGCCGUCGCUGGUGCCAUCCCUUCAACUCAGCCCCACAAAACGCCCAUUUCUCUCCUUGUUAACAUCCAUCGCUCUCUCUCUCUCUCUCUCUCUGACAAGUAGUAGCCAUGGGAAAUCUACACAAGCGAAUACCACCAGCCGUUGUGGAGGCCAUGGAGGAGAUUGUGAGGGUGUACAGGUCCCUGCCUCCGAGGCCUUCCGUAGAAGAGGUGGAGGCGGCCGUGGCCGUGAUCAAGAGCUCAAUCGCCGAGGAGGAGCUCAGAAUCGAGGAGGUGGGCAGGAUGGAAAGGGCCCACGACCUCCCCGAAGUGCUCUUCUUGGUGUUGCAGGAGGUGAAGAAGAGCCUGGUCCAGCUCCAGAGCCAUGAGCAGAGGAGGGAGUCCUUGUACGUGUUGGAGCUCGACAAGAGGUUCCAGGUGUUCGACGAGCUCAUCCAGAGAGCAUCCAAGCUGGUCUCCUCUGAGGAGAGUGAUGGUGGCGCUGAGGACGAGCGGAAAAGGGCCAGUUUUGGUGUAGUCGUUCCUAAGAUUGAUAAGGCUUUGAUCAAGGAGGACGAGGAUGAGAAGAAGGGGGAGUUGGAUGGUCCUAAAGGAUUGGUUAAUGUUCCCAGUGUUUCCCCUUUGAAAUCUGAGGUCCCUUUUUCAGCAGGUGGUGAUGCAGAUAAAUUAACUCUUAUCCAGGUGGCAAGCUUGAUUGAGUUUACAGCGAAACAUGGAACUGAAGUACUCAACCUUCGGGAUAAGUUAAUGGACCGAGUUGAGUGGCUUCCACUGUCACUGGGGAAGUUAAAGGACAUCACUGAGCUGGAUUUAUCAGAGAACCGAAUCAUGGCACUCCCAUCAACAAUUGGUAGUCUAAGGUUCUUAACAAAGCUUGACAUCCACUCGAACCAGGUGAUAAAUUUACCUGACUCAUUUGGAGAACUAUCCAGUCUAGUUGAUCUCGACCUGCAUGCAAACCAGUUGAAAUCUCUGCCUGCUUUGUUUGGGAACCUUACAAGUCUAGCCAACUUAGACUUGAGUUCCAAUCGGUUGUCUGUAUUGCCUGAGACGUUUGGGAAUCUAACAAAAUUGAGAAGAUUGAAUGUUGAAACAAAUGAGCUUGAAGAGCUUCCUUACACUAUCGGAUCGUGCACUUCUCUAGUUGAGCUAAGAUUAGAUUUCAAUCAACUAAAAGCACUUCCUGAAGCGAUUGGGAAGCUGGAAUGCUUAGAAGUUCUGACAUUGCACUACAACAGAAUCAAAGGUUUGCCUACUACAAUGGCUUCACUUUGCAGGUUGAAAGAACUUGCUGUUAGCUUCAAUGAGCUUGAAUCAAUCCCUGAGAGCUUGUGCUUUCUCGCUGGUCUUGUAAAGUUGGAUGUGGGAAGAAACUUCGCAGACUUGAGAACAUUGCCAAGAUCCAUUGGAAAUCUUCAGAUGCUGCAAGAACUGGACAUAGGCAACAACCAGAUAAGAAUAUUACCUGAAUCCUUUCAAUUUCUGUCAAAGCUAAGAGUGUUCCAUGCAGAUGAGACUCCAUUGGAAGUACCACCAAGAGAAGUGGUCAAGUUGGGAGCUCAGGCAGUUGUUAAGUACAUGGCUGAUUUAGUUGCAUCAAACGACCCUAGUUCUCACCUAGCUGAAAGGAAGGGGUUUUGGUUUUGCUUGUUGUGCUGCCCUUGCAGCAAGAAGCACAAUAAAGACAGAGACUUUGCAAUAGCUUGAAUCAUUCAUUCCAUGCAAAAUUUGUGCAGCAUGCUUCCACAAGGGACCCCAGCUGAUGAAGCUUCCAGCCAAAUAUGGUUUGGUUGCCUACCCACACUUGGUAUGGGCAUAGAUGGUGAUGUUUUGGCUUUCACUGGGAUACCACUGAAGUAAUCCAUUUGGCCAGCUCAACUGGAGCAGGCUCCUUUCAUGAAUCAGGAUAAGGUCUUUCUUUUUCAACAUUUGGUAGGUUGGAGGUUACACAGAGACAAGGACACUGAUUGAGCUGAAAGCUUGGCAAAUGCAGGUAGCUAACUUGAUGAAACCUUCUUUGCGUGUCUGGAUGGCUGGUGGCUUUGCCUCUUAUGUAUGCUAUAAAAUACGGAAAAUGCUCGGGUAAUGUAGAAAAAUUUUACGUGAGAAAAGUUGCAUAACCGGAGCCUGAAGGGUAACUCUCCCGUUGUACCAUUGCGUGGCAGCCUGUUGCUGAAAUGCUAUGAAAUGCCGGUGAAAUGGCCACUAAAAGAGUUAUAGAAGAGCUGUGUAGCAUUGCAUUGUGAGAUUGGAGUUACCCUAGCCAUGUUCAUGAGAUACAGUUCACUGGUUAAGAAUCAAGCCAAGAGAGAGCGGGUAUGGAGAACGUCUUAUGUCUAUUGGACCAUGGAGCAUCACUCGAGAGUCAAUAUGUAGAGCCCGACUAACCCGAAUGAAGGCUUUCAUUUUUAAUGUACAUAUAGUUUUGUCUAGCUUCUGCUGUCUCCACCGGUGGUUUCAAAAUUUCCAAUAACUAGAUGGCAAUGUUACACCAGAAUAAAUUCACUCGACUUUGUACUGCUGCGUCCUCGUUCUCUGGGGGAAGAAGCAGCCAAGACUUUGUCUGGAUCUUUAAUUGCUAAGAAAAUGAGAGAAGGAAAAACAGGAAUUUCCU